AUGGAUCGACUCGGAGUGACCUCGACUAGUCUCGACGAGGAGGAGAAUUGUCAGGCGAAACAUUGGCGUACGCACAAGCCGGAAUGUCACAAGGUCGAAGGUUCAGGGUUCUGUCAACAUAUCGAAACUCUUUUGAGUGAUCCAUAUGUCCGUCAAUACCUUGAAAUAUACGCUAUCCUCGCGUUUGAUUUGCUCGAAGACGAGGACUUACCCAUCGACUCUCCUAUCCUGAUGCGCGUCGACCUCGCUAUCGAACCGUCUGACAUCCGGCAAUUUCUCGCCAUUAUGGAGUCGAAGCUUGAUUCUUCGAAGAAGAUAGAAGGAAUGCUACAGGUCAAUGAGAUCGUGAAAAUCACGGAAGAUAGCGUCUUGUCUCAAAGAGCAAUGCACAGUUGGCGUGAAAGCGUUGCGAAACAGCGGGAGGGCACUCGCUUAUUUCUGUUCGAUUUUGCGCGAAGCGGAUACUCCUAUUCUCAGACCUAUUGCCUACCUCUCUCGGAAAAUGCUUUCGAUCUUGCCGGCCUAGAUCUUUACGACAUCAUCUCCACGGUCGACGGUGACUGUGAGGUGCCUAUUAACGAGCCUAAUACUAUCGAAAUAAUGAACAGGACAAUCCGAGCAGAUAAGGACAAUCGGUUCAAGUUGCGAACGGAACUGACCCCGGCUGACAUGCAGGCGAUACGUGGGCUCAUGGACAGCACAAACAAGUCCCCCGCCGUAGAGAUGCUCAGGACAAAGAUCUGCAGGGAGAGGAUAUACUGGCCCGUUGUUGCCCUCCUGUCUUCUACUCCAUCCGUGUAG